AUGGACAAAAUAAUUCUAUUACUGGUUGUCGUGGUCGGCGUAGCGCACUGCCAGUUUUAUGGCGACUUCGUGAUUCCGACCUACAAGAGAACAGCACUCGGCGAUUCGGUUGACAUCGCGUCUAUGAAACUACUGAGAGAGGUCUACAAUGGUGCAGAAGACAAGAACGUGAUCGCUUCCCCGCUGGGCGUUCUGAGCCUUCUCUCUCUCUACGCCUCUGGCACUGAGGGCGAGAACAGAGAAGAAAUCUUUAAGUACCUUGGAGCUUCUGAUUAUAGCCAGCUCGAGAACUCCUAUGUCCAACUCAGCCAAAGGUUUGGCUCAAUGGACCGCAAUUUCCUUACUCUGGCCAACAAAGUGUUCGUGUCCGACAAGCUCGCACUUCAAGACAGGUUCCUGGACACUGCGCGCGACUACCGUAGCGAGGUUGACAAUAUCAACUUCGGAGACCCCACAGCAGCCGCUGAUGCCAUGAACGAAUGGUCCUCAAGGAAUACAGCUGGUAAGAUCGCUAAGCCUGUGUCUGCAAGCGACAUCGACCCAGCGGCGGCUGUUGCACUUCUGAACGUCAUCUUUUUCCAGGGCCAUUGGCACGUACCGUUCAACGCCAGCGAGACAAAGGACAAGGAAUUCAACUUGGACAAAUCCACCACCAUCAAGCUGCCGAUGAUGCAUCUUGAGCAGUCGCUUUUCUACCGCGACAGCCCUGAGCUGGGAGCCAAGAUGGUACAACUGCCCUACAAAGAAUCACAGUUCCGCAUGAUAGUGGUCUUGCCCAAUGAUAUCGACGGCCUCUCAGCCGUGCUGGACAACGUAGCCCAAAAAGGACUCAUAGGGGAGGUGUUCAGAAUGUACCCAGCGGGUACACACGUGGACUUCUAUAUGCCGAAAUUCGAAAUCAAAUCCAAGCUGAACCUCAACGAACUUCUGCCAAAGGUGGGUGUGUCACGUAUCUUCGAGGAGGCGGCAACAGGGAUUGUCAAGGGCCAGGGGGUGGUCGUAGCGCGCGGCUUCCAGGAGGCCUUCGUCAAGGUCGACGAGGAAGGUGCCACUGCCGGAGCUUUCACUGGAUUCGUAGCGGUGCCUGUAUUUGCAUUGUCGCGUCCUCCGAAACCUAUCACCUUCAAGGUGGACCGGCCUUUCCUAUUCGCCAUUUUGCAUGACGACAUCGUGCUCUUCACGGGAACUUACUCAAAACUCGUGCAAGCGCUACGCAUCGUGAUACGCAUACCGAAUCUUCCGGAAGAUUGCACUGGUGUGGACGGCAAUAUUGAUGCGAUAAAUUGCUGCGAUCUGCUUGCAAUCGAUCUCUGCAACAAUUUACCUUUGGAUUUGAUCAUUCGGAACAGCAACAUGUAUAAAAUUAAUCUGCUAUUACUGGUCGCUACGGCCGGCGUAGCACACUCCCGGAUGUUUGACGACUUCGUAUUUCCGUCAUACACUAGAACUGCAUUAGGCGAUACAGUUGACAUCGCUUCUAUGAAACUUCUAAAGGAAACCUAUAAUGGUGCAUCAGAAAAGAAUGUCAUCGCAUCCCCGCUGGGAGUUUUGACUCUACUCUCACUCUACGCUUCCGGCUCUGAGGGCGAGAACAGAGAUGAAAUCAUCAGAUACCUUGGAGCUUCAGAUUAUAGACAGCUCGAGAGUUCCUACGUCCAGCUCAGCCAAAGAUUCGGCUCAAUGGACAGAAACUUCCUGACCCUGGCCAACAAAGUGUUCGUGUCCGACAAGCUCGCAUUGCAAGACGGGUUCAUGAGCACGGCCCGCUCCUAUCGCAGUGAGGUCGAAAACAUUAACUUUGGGGAUGUCAAAGCGGCAGCUGAUGCCAUGAACCAAUGGUCUGCAAGGAAUACAGCUGGUAAGAUCGCUAAGCCUGUGUCUGAAAGCGACAUCGACCCAGCGGCGGCUGUUGCUCUUCUGAACGUCAUCUUCUUCCAGGGCCAUUGGCACGUACCGUUCAACGCCAGCGAGACCAAGGACAAAGAAUUCCACCUGGACAGCUCCAACACCGUCCAGAAGCCGAUGAUGCACCUUCAACAGUCACUUUACUACCAUGAGAGUAAAGAGUUGGGAGCCAGGUUGGUGGAACUGCCCUACAAAGAGUCACAGUUCCGAAUGGUCGUGUUUUUGCCCAAUGAAGUCGACGGUCUUCCUCAAAUGGUGAAUAAGCUGGCCGACAAGGGCCUCUUAGGAGACGUGUUCAGUAUGUACCCAGCCGGCGCUGACGUCAACCUCGAUAUGCCAAAAUUCGAGAUCAAAUCCAAGCUGAACCUCAACGAACUUCUGCCGAAGGUGGGCGUGUCACGCAUCUUCGAGGAGGCAGCACCAGGUAUAGUCAAGGGCCAGGGUGUGGCUGUAGCUCGCGGCUUCCAGGAGGCCUUCGUCAAGGUCGAUGAGGAAGGGGCCACUGCUGGAGCUUUCACUGGUCUCGUGGCGGUACCAAUGUCUUCAUUGUCGCGCCCUCCGCCGCCUAUCUCCUUCAAGGUGGACCACCCCUUCCUAUUCGCAAUAUUGCAUGACGACAUCGUGCUCUUCGCUGGAACUUACACCCAUUAGGGAUCAAGCCAAGAACUUAAAGCGUACGCCCACCGGGCGACGGCAGGGUUUCCAUAGAAGUAGUCGAAUCUGACGCAAUAAUAUAU